CGAACGUACACGUAUGAACUAUUUAUAAAAAGUAUUCAAUUUACAUAAUACAUGACAUGAAUUCAAUACUUUCACUGGGAUUAGACAUAUACCAUGGCUUCGUUCGUAUGGAAGUGUGGCUGAAGCUGGUGGUGGGCGGCGCACUGCUGGUCGCCACUCACGCGGUCGUGCGACGUGCCACAGCACGGCGUGAUGAACCGGAAAAUGACGAACAGAUACUUAGGGAAGAUCCACCCGUAAUAGAUAGACGUAUGACACUUAUUCCACCAACGGCAGAAACAAAACAAAUUAUUCCGCCUAUUCAAGAAGAAAUUGUGCAAAAGACUGCACCAGCUGAACAAUCUAUACCCAUAUUGAAAAGAGAUUUAGAAGAUAAAAAUGUUGAGAUAAAAAAAAAUGUUAAAGAAGACAUUCAAGAGCAUGAUAAAGAUAAAGGCAAUGAAAAAGAGCUUUACAGUGAUGACGGAGAAGAGGAAGAAGAAGAAGAAAUAGACGAAGAAGAGGAGGAGGAGGAGGAAGAGAAGGAAGUGAAAGAGGAAGUUUUUACUAAAAAAGUUGAAGCAAAAGAAUCUAAAAGUGCUGUAGUAGCAAAAGCGCCCCCACAAGUUGAACCUGAUGAACCUGAUUCAGAAGAUGUUGAAAUAAUUGACGAGGAACAGAUUGAGGAAGAAUUGGAAGAGGAAGAGGAAGAGGACGAAGUUGAAGAAGAAAUAUCGGAUGUUGAUGACACGGAAUUGUUAAGUCGUCUAGAAGCGAAAUACGGUCGACUGCCGGAACCGGAGAGGCCUGGCAAAAACAAAGGUGGUGGGAACAGUAUAGAAGAUGACUGGCCGGGCGAACCCAAUGAUCCCUACUGGAGUCAACAACUUGACCUUGCCGAAGAUGAGCUUCGACAGGGGGCGUUAUCUGCGUGCGAGCGACGUGUGUCAGCAAAGGAGCUACAGAACAGUGCUCGCGGGCAAUGGCUGGCGGCGAGAGCGUUAGAUAUGAUGGCUGAAGCUAAAAGGGACAAUAAAUUACUGUCUCGAGCCAUUGCAGCUUAUCUACAACUGCUGAAAAUGAAUGAGCGCUUGUCCGAUAAAAGGCUGCUAGAUAUUGCUCAACGGGCCAUCGAUAGAAUACAGUUUAGAGGAACUUAUCUGAAUGCAGAGCCGGUAUACCGUUUACUUAUUCGACGGUUUCCUAACGAUGUUCACUAUAGAAACAAUUUAACCAUAUGCUUCUUAAUGGCUAACAGAGCCGACUUAGCAGACGAAGUCCUCAAGGAAACCAUUCGAAUGUGGCCGAAUGAUCGUGUAGCUUUAGCUCAUUACGGCUUUGUUUUAAAAACGCAAUACAACAAAUUAGAAGAAGCAAUCGUAUUUUUACAAAAAGCUCUCGACGGCGAUACCGGUCCUGCGUGCGAGCCUCGGUUUUACUAUCACUUGGGCGAUGCGUUGUUACUGCUACAGAGGUUUGAUGAAGCUAAUGAAGUGCAUAAACGUGGUGCACGCCUUGGCCAUUUUCUCUCCCCAACUCAACGAUCUCUUUACAAUGUACCGCGACUUAAAGGUCAACCUUGGUGGUCCAUAAGUGAAACGCCAUAUGCUAAAUUAGCACUGGCCCUGGAAAAGUCUUGGCGGGAAAUUUUGAAGGAAGGCCUAGCUGCUAAAACCUUAUACGAAAAAGAAAAAGAAGGUUUAAAAGAACGCGGAGAGUGGUCGCAAUUGGAUAUAUUCGUGAGAGGUCGCGAGAUACCGGGAAGAUGCAAGAAGGCGCCAGUUACGUGUUCUAUAGUUCAACAAGAAGCGGCAGCUUCUGGAUGUAGAAGAGGACAAAUUAAAUUCAGCUUGAUAGAACCGGGAACCCACGUUAGACCACAUGUCGGCCCAACGAAUUGCCGACUUCGUAUGCAUUUAGGCUUAAGUAAUACCAAAGAUACGUUUAUAAGAGUGGACAAAGAAACUAGGCAGUGGGAGGUGGGUAAAGUGUUCAUAUUCGACGAUAGUUUCGAGCACGAAGUAUGGCACAACGGCACCGGGUCGCGUCUCGUGCUCAUCGUGGACGUGUGGCAUCCAGACCUUACGCCCGCGGAACGCCGCAGCUUACCCGCGAUAUAAAUUAUCUGUAUUUCCGUUUCCCGCGCUUUGUAAACUAAAUAGAUUAAACAUUCAACGUCUCCACAUAGCAAUUUCACAUUGAGUGAAAGUUUUUUAAUCCCGAACUUAUUGUUGUGAUAAAAAUACCUAUAUUAUGGUAAAUAAUAGUAAAGCUUUUAAGUGCAAUUUGACUUGUUUCAAAAGUCAGCCGUAAAAAUAUUU